GUGGAGGGCGGAGCUAAGACGCACGCUUUCCGUGCAUAAAUUUAACCAAAACCUGUGCAGCUGCCCGGAACGCACGAGUCUUAACGUUAUUACUUCACAGCGAGACGUCAAAAAGCCAUCAUGUCUGACAAAAAGGCAGUGAUAAAGAAUGCAGACAUGUCUGAUGAAAUGCAGCAGGACGCAGUGGACUGUGCCAUGCAGGCUAUGGAAAAGUACAACAUUGAGAAGGAUAUCGCUGCCUAUGUCAAGAAGGAGUUUGACAAGAAGUACAAUCCCACAUGGCACUGCAUUGUUGGGAGGAACUUUGGCAGCUAUGUGACGCACGAGACGAAGCAUUUCAUCUACUUCUACCUGGGCCAAGUGGCCAUUCUGCUGUUCAAGUCGGGCUGAAAUCCAUACAUGCCCUCAUAACACUACUUUUAAUUCAGCCCUUAACACUUCUGUGCCAUGCUGUACAUUUGCUGCCGCCUUUCUGCAAACAUGCCUACCUCCUGGUUUCCUGCUUGCUUCAGUCUGUCAUUGUUUGCCACCUACAGCACCACCACCAUCAUUGGUGGAUGGUGCGCUAGCCUGGACUGGUGAUGUGCCACUAUAGAAAAUGCCAAUGUAAAACCACUUAAUCAUGCCAACACUCAGUCAGCAUCUGCACAUUUGACAGACUCCCCAUGAAUCAUAAUUUCCAGAUAUUAUUUCUGCUGUGCACUGAUGCACGGACCUUGUACGUUAUUUCAUAUGAAUUUGUUGUAUAAUAACUUAUUUUUCAAGAAAUUAAAACGAGCAACAAAGUUUUUGUUGAAAUGCCUUUAAUUUUCAGUGUCGACUGAGAUUGAAUAAAAAUGCCAAGUGUUGCUCACACUUAAUAAAGACUAUUACAUGCUAAGAGAUUGAAGCUUUUGUACAUGCUUGAACAUUCCUGUUUCCACUUGUGCUGUCAAAAUUUGUAACGUUACUGCUGUACAUCUCUGGAAUGUAAUUUAGUGUGCCCUUUGGUAUUGUGAUAUUUUCAACAUGUUGAUCACAAAACAACUUUGCGACAGUAAAUUGGAUCAAAAUAUGUCUGUGGCUAGUCUGUGUGUGUAUGCUUUCUUGAAUUUUAUAGUGUGACGCAGGAU